AUGAGACAAGACAUGAACCAGUGUGAACUUGGCCUUACACGCAGGCUUUACACACCCAGCAGAACAUCUACAUUGUCCACUGAGAAGUCCUUCAACAAUGUCAUAGGAGAGGAAAUGGAAAGCCCAAAGGAUUCACUGCACUUUCCGACUCGGGCUGCCAUAGGGAAGGGAGCUGUCGCCACAUCCACCCACCUCCAAUGGACGGUCCCGAGGAACAGUUCCAGCUUCCUGAUCGAGACGAACAAGCAGACGUUCAGCACCGACCCCAAUAACCUGAAGGCUCCCAACUCCUUUAACGACAACAGGCUGAUUCACCUCUACACUGUGGGCGAGAAGCCUGGGGCUGAUGGCAGACGCAUAGUGGUGGCCGUGAAGCGGAGAUCCCUCCAGGGAAAACCCAUUAGCCCCGUGGACACCACGAACAAGAACGCCUCGGCCACCCUUGGAAGCAUCAGGCACAGGAUCCACAAGAACAAGGACCACCCAGAUCCGUACGUGGCUGCCAUUCACACAGUCAGCUCCAUCCCUCGCAGCCAGAAGCCUGUGACGGUGAAGAGGAAGAGGCCCGCCCCACCAAGAGCUCCUGAGCACCUGCCCCCCACCUUCAAAGCAAUAGAGAUAAUUUAUGACGCCAUAAUGGUGAAAAUAAUGCGUUAA